AUGCAAUUCACUCCCGACACUCGAAAUGUGGGAGGUCGAUAGAUCAUCAUAUCACAAUUAUGGGGACAUCGAUUAUGUUUACAAUAAAUAAAAGAAAGACAAAUCAAUUUGGAUCUUAGAAAUUAAUUUGACAAAAAGAACGAAAAUUAAAAAAUACCUUACAUACAUGAUUUCCAUAUGGAAAUACACAAAAAGAAGCUAUAGACCAUUAAAGAAUGUUUGACAGACAGAAAUAAAAAAGAACCAUCCUACUUCUUCAGAAGAUUGCCAUCCCCAACUAAUAUAAGUUCUCUUCAAAAUAAAUUGAACAAUAUCAAAUCGAAGUCAACUUAAGAAAAGAUGCUUUAUACAAAGCUUCUACCCCCACCUAAUAUCGAAUUAAGUAAAUUUAUACCCGAAAGCACCAAAACUAAAGUGGAUUGGGAAGCUUGUAUUAAAACUUUACAAGGACCCUAAUAUCCAAUCAAAAAAUGGGUUCGACAAUUAGCAAUAUAAAAUCGCAUUUUUGAUGAAACUGAUUUUGCCAUUUUAAUAAGAAUUUUAGUAUAAGCAUAUUAAAUAAAAUAAACAACUUUAAUAAACAUAGUCUCUGAAUUAAUUGAGGAAUUUGAAAAGUGA